UCCUGCAGAUGGACGGAGCUCUCAGCACGUGCUCUGUACGUGAAGAGGGAGGAAUCCGCAGCGUCCCUCACUGCGCAAGGUUCUGGGAGGACAGCCGAGCUCCCUGCAGAGCCGGAUCUGCUCACCGGCGGGGGCUUUGCAGUGCGGCCUUGGCUGGUGGGGGAGGGGGAGCCACGCUCCGUGCUCCUGUCAGAUACCGCGCCGCUGCCGGGACGUCUGUGCCGUCGCCAGCGCUCACAUACGCAAGGACAGCGCGCUGCGCUGAGCAUGCAGAACGUUCCAGAAGAGUGUCGCCGGGAUGCGGUCGAUGACCCCUGGGAGGAUGGCGAGCGGACCCCGUUCCAGCAUGGGGGGGCCCCGGGGGAGGGCAAGGUGGCGGAGGCGGCCGAUCGCGAGUCGCUGAUGAUGGAGCUAACCCGACAGGUGCAGACGGUCGUCCGCCGGAGCAGCUGGUGGGAGAGGCGGGGACUCGACUGUGCCAUUCUGACUGCGGCGUUCAUCUGCUUGCCGCCAGCCUUCCUGCUGCUGAGCUCUUCCCAGAUCCUGCUGUUUUCCCUGGGGAUGCUGCUGAUGGGGGCGGCACACGCCGUCAUCACCGUGAAGGGCACCCACCUGGCCAGCCACGGGGCCCUAAGCGAGUCCCAGGCCUGGGGGGAGUUCUGGGCCGUCUUCUUCAUCGAGGUAUGCGGCUCCUUCACAGCCAGGGUGGGGGUCCAUGCCCACGUGAAGAUGCACCACGCUCACACCAAUGUCAUCGGCCUGGGCGACUCCAGCACCUGGCGCCUGCCCUUCCUGCCACGCAGCAUUUACCUGUUCGUCGCCCCCCUGGCCGUGCCCAUCAUCACCCCCGUGGUGGCGCUAGGCCAGCUGAGACGCCAGUCUGCAGCCCAGUCCCUGCGCACAGUCCUGAUGGUGGCUCUGGGGCUCUACUCCCAGUACUGGCUGCUGCUCAACGCCUCUGGAUUCCGGUCUCCGGGCGGCGCUCUCCUCUGCAUGCUCGUCUGCCGGGCUUUGUUCUCUGUGCCCUACAUCCACGUCAACAUCUUCCAGCACAUCGGCCUGUCCAUGUUCUCCCCGACCAACCGACCAAAGCGGAUCUACCAGAUGACCUACGGGGUCCUGAAUCUGCCCCGAAACCCGCUGUUGGACUGGACCUUCGGCCACUCGCUCAUCAGCUGCCACGUGGAGCACCACCUCUUCCCCUCCCUGUCCGACAACAUGUGUCUGAAGGUGAAACCCAUCGUGUCUAAAUACUUAAAGGAGAAGAAGCUGCCAUAUCAGGAGGACAGCUACCUGUCACGGCUGCACCUGUUCUUCCACAAGUACCAGGAGCUGAUGGUGUUUGCACCCCCCAUCACAGAGCUGGUCGGUGUGCAGUAGGAGCAUAGGGUCUCGCCCCUGCCAGGGUACAGAAAUAGCACAAGCAAUGAAUGUAGCUCAGACUGAAUCCAAAAGACUAACACGAACUCUUAACAGCAGACUGCUGGAGCCCGCCGAUUCGUCCACAGUGCUGCCCAAUUACACAUUUUCUUCACUGGGGUCCUUUAGGAUGUUGAUACCUGCUGUUGCCUUUUAUCGACAGCGGCUUGUCUUCCUUAUGCUUGAGUGUCAGUCAUGUGACACGGGCGACUGCUACAUCCAUUUGUCUUCCUGUUGCUGGUCUUCUAGUUUAGAACCUUCUUGGCUUGAGGCUUUCUUGGAGAAAUACUUCACACUAAGAGAAUGAGAAGAUGUAGAGUGUUGACUGUGGUUUAUCUAGGCAGGGUAACGGCGUUCUGGGAUCCCACCCGCACCUUUGGCCACAGUGAAAUGCUGCUUUCACAUACUAAUCUGCACUUUGAUCAGCAGCAGAGCUUCAUUUCUCGCUUGGUGUUUUAUUUACGCAGAGCACAGACGUGCUGAACGAUCAGCCUUCGGCAUGAAAAGCAAGCACAGCAGACGGCUAUGUGCUAAACUAUGACGGCGAUGUCCGCAAACUUCAUUAAACGAUGUCGACUACGUAACCACUAAGUUACACGCAAGAGCUUUAAUUAUCCCAGAAAUGUUUAGCUUUUACUAGAUCUACAGCUAUAAAGAGAAAAUAUACUAAUUCAGAUAAAUUAAUCGUGUUGUGUAAUACAUUUUCAACGAUGACCACUGGAUUAAUGCACUAACGAGCUGAAAAUUUUUAAGACUAAUUUGUCUAUCUUAAACAACUGUAUGUUUUCGACAGUAAUUAAACUAAAUAAACAUUUAAAUCUA